AUGGCAGCAGCUACGACGACCGAUUCCACUUGUUGGGAGAGACAUGCUCAUAAUGGCACGACAGCACUUUGCAAUGCCAACUACUCACAGGCGAUCAAGGAGACAACUCUGGCACUAGACGAAUUGCUUCGACAUCAGAUUGGCCUUCUAGACACGCGAUCAGCAGCCUACAGCAAGACGGGCCAUUUUGAAUUAGGAAUGGACGAUGCGCAUGCCAUGAUGCGACUUGCACCCCAAUGGUCAGCUGGUUACCUGCGAGCUGGAGAGAUAUGCAUGGCCCAAGGGUGGCAGCAGCGAGCGAUAAAAGUUUAUGAUCAAGGACUUAAGGAGGUUCCUGCAAGUGAUGCUGAGAGCCACCAUCAGCUACAAGAAGCACGUGCACAAGCAACAGCUCAAUGUCAACUACGGAUGGAUAUCGUUGGACAAUUGCCGUUUGAUAUCCUUGACCAUCUCGUGACCCAUUUGUCUGUGGAGACGUUGAUUGAAUGCCUGUGUGUGUCUCAUGCAUGGCGAGAUCGCUUGCUUGGAUGUCCAGAUGGCUGGCAACAUAUCAUUGUGGAUGGAUACGACGCCGCUGUAGGAUCUAUCAUCAACCUACUUCCUGUCAUUAGCAACCACAUACACAAUUUAUCCAUCAUGUUCCUCGAUAACAAUUCCUCCUUGGAUAUCUUUAAAGAUAUUGCGCUCGGCCACUUUUCUCGCUUACGAUCCUUGACACUGCGUCGAUGCAAAACGGGUGAUUUCAAUACGUUAUCGGCAGCCUUAUCAAAAGUGUCCAACACGCUCACCAACUUGACUAUCAGCUCCAUGAUUGAUGGCAUCGUACCCCUUCCUAAUGUACUAUCAGCAUGUCCACAUUUGCAGAGUCUUGGCUAUCGUGGUGUAUCACAGCUUGGUCAUAUCGAUCCAUCCAUGCUACCUACAACGCUUUCGUUGACAUCUUUGGAGCUGGAAGCAAUCAACAUUCGGUGCGCACAGCUUGAGCCUGUAUUAGAAAGGUGUCCAAAUCUACGCCAUGUAGCCGUGUACCAAUGCGAGCCAAGUGCAGUUGCACUAAUUCAUCGUUGCUGUCCACAGCUUGAGAGCUUAUACUUCAACGUGUAUCGUAUGCUAUAUGAAUCUGAAACAGCACGUGCGGGUGGUCAUGGAGAUUCACGUGGAUUGCGUACCUUGGUGUUUGGACGUGUACGACGCGAAUUGAUGGAACAAUUACUGUUGACGCAUGCUACUACAACAACGAUUGAACGCCUCGUAUUACAAAUGGAUAUGAGUGAUCCUGAUCCAGAGGAGCUAUGGGAGCCCAUUGUGAAUGAAUUACAUUUCCCAGCAGUGCAAUCGAUUAGUAUCACCAUGCAAGACACGUUACAUGCAACCAUGGCAACGAUCAUGCAGCAAUGUCAUACCCUGACUCAAGUCAACAUUAGUUAUUCACCCGUGCUUUCGGUCGAUAUCCUCCUUGUCCUUGCUGAUUUACCCUAUUUACGUGAAUUAUCAUUACAUUCAGUACGCCAUGUCAGCCACCCUGGCAUAGAGCAUUUCUUUAAUCGUCAUCGAGCUCUCGGCUAUAAAUCACCCUUGCGUGUGUUUGAAACAGAUCACGUGUGCGACUUGUCAGCAAAUGCGCUUGCCCUCCUCGGUGAUAUUGUUACCCUUGAACGUAUCCGCCUUGAUCAUUGCACGCAUACAUCGAGUGAAGCUAUGGAUCGAUUUGCAGCUGCACUUGUCAAUAACACCACCACAUCACCAUCAUCUUCACCAUCACCUACAAACGGCCUUAAAAAGCUCGAGUUAUCCAAUCUUGAAGGUGUCACAGAUAAUACCAUGCUGAUGCUUAGCGCUUUACCGAGCUUGGAACACCUUGAACUUAUACGUGUUGUUAACGUUACCGAUCAAGGCAUUGCCGACCUAGUCUGCGACAGAGAAUUUCCUUCCUUGACCUCGCUAUGGAUAUACGACUGCCCACGCAUCACCAAAUACAUGAUGGAGCAUGUUCAACAAAUCCUGAGUAAUAAGAGGAGACGUAGUCUUGUUGUAAAUCAAGUUUAA